AUGGCUGCUCGACAACGAUAUCAGAUUUGCAUCAACGACGACCGCAAUCUGUAUGUCUGGAAGGACACAUGGAAAGAGGACACGAUUGCGGACUUCCUGACACGUUUAUCGAAUACCACAAAUCCCCGACUAGACCGCCAGAGGAUACACCUGAGCUUCGACGGCGUUCGUCUGGGUGAAUCUACGACCAUGAGAGAGGAAAUGCAGGCCUCUGACUCGGUAAUUACAUCACAGACUGGUCUGGAAGAUGGAGAUGAAUUAGCUCUCCAUUAUGGAUCAUCAACAUGCAAACUAUGUACUGGUUCACACAAUGGCACAGGGUACAUGACUCGACAGAGCGGUUGA